AUGGCAUUAUCAAAAGCUUCUUUUUUGUCUCUUCUAAUUUGUUUCAUAAUUUUGGCCCUUGUUUUUCCUUCUUAUGCCCAAAAUACUCAAACAGACUACCUCAAUACUCAUAAUUCUGCUCGAUCUCUAGUUGGUGUUAGUGCAUUAACAUGGGACACAACUCUUGCAAAUUAUUCACAAAACUAUGCCAAUCAAAGAAUUGGUGAUUGCAACCUUGUCCACUCCAAUGGUCCUUAUGGUGAAAAUAUUGCUAAGGGGAGUGGUUCUUUCACUGGCACUGCCGCUGUUAACUUGUGGGUGGCGGAGAAGCCAUACUAUGACUACAAUAGUAACAGUUGCACUGGCGGAAAACAGUGUCUGCAUUAUACUCAGGUGGUCUGGCGUAACUCGAUUCGAGUUGGUUGUGCUAGGGUUCAGUGUUCCAAUGGAUGGUGGUUUAUCAUUUGCAGCUAUGAUCCUCCAGGCAACUACAUUGGUCAACGUCCUUACUAAGGAUUAAUUUUUCAUUAAGAGUUUAACCAAAUAAUUAAGAAUGUGAUUGAAAUGUUUUGAAUAAGUUACUAAAAAGAAACAUAUAAUAAUAAUAUAGAGGCUAUAAUCUCUA